AUGGCCAAUGCCAAUCAUGUUGUCGACCUCCUUUUUGAUCCAACAGGACCUCUCAAAGAAUUGCACGAUCGCGUCCAGGAAGCUGGAUGCAGUGUGGAUCCUGAAGGAAACCCCGUGAAGAUCCUUUUCGUGCCCUGUACUGAAAAUCAACUUCUGGAACUGGAGGAUCUGGCCGCUCACGGUUACGAACUCUGUCGGAAGAAACACAUCUUGGCGUUGCAGGCAGAUCACAAGGUCAUCGACCAAGCCCUGCGCGCCCAUAUCGCACGGGCUCAUCGGCCUGAGCUGAAGAAGGUCGCGCGGUUGAGCGCACGGCAUACACCCGGAGACUGGGAAGCCGAGGCAGCUUCAUCGUCGCAGGUGAAGAAGCAUGAAGGUCGGAGGGAUGAAGAGGACCAGGAAGGCCCGAUCAUUGAGAGACCCGGCUGA